AUGCAUCGAUUUUUUGCUAAGCUGGAGCCAUCUGUAACCGUCACCGAGCAAAACCUGACAGACCAAGUUCGGUAUAUCUUGCGCUCAAAUACAUUUGAUGUCACCCAACUCGAACGGCUACGACGUGACGCUGUUCCUUCAUCGGGUGAAAAUACUGCAGCUGAGGAUGUGGCGCCACAACUUGCUGAGCAAACGGCAAAUGUGAAUGCCGCCAUAAAUACGCCAGUUGUGGUUGAUUCAAACGAUGAUGGAACAGUCGCCCAGGAACUGGAACUAGAGCAAAUGAGGAGUACAUUGGAAGAGGCGAUUGUGGAAACGCGCAGUACGCCUCUCGAAAAUCGACCGCAACUUCCCCCGCUUAGCCCUAAGCAAGCGGAAUCGGGCUGUCGUGAGGGCUCUGAACCCAAUGCUGGUUACCUAUUUGGAAGCCAGCCGGGACCUUUGCGAGACGGACUCAAUUCUUUUUGGCGCCGCACUGGCAGUCUGCCGUAUUAUAGGCGCCAAACUUUCCACGGCUGGACGCGCUACUGGACAAAGUAG